AUGGGCAAGGGAGAUGGCAAGCAGGCGGCCUGGGGAGUUGUGGGGAAGAGAGACGACAUGUUGAGACUGAGAAUCGGCUUCCCUCUCCUGAUUUACCUGGCCAAUAGGAAAAGGUGCUCUUUGGCCGGGAGCGGCUACACGGGCACGAUUCGAUUCGACGGCCGUCUAUUCGUGGCGUCGUUUCAAGCUUGGGUCGAGGACAGGGAUCCAGGCAACCUGGAUCCGUUAGCCUGUCCCACACUGCGUCAGGCGUCUUGCUUCGACACAGCAGCAAAGCUCAGCACGCACCAGCGCCAGCAACCAGCAUCAGCACCAUCUGGGGGGUCCAAUGUGAGCCAGUCUGCAUCUGAGGUCAGAGCCAGACUCCUCACGAUGAGGGGGAAAGAGGGAGAGGGCGAGAUGCUCAGCCUCGAGAUCACGCGCAUGACGGUAAUUAACAAGCACCCAUACAUCACACCACCCUGUGUCACGCACCACGUAGGUACGGAGUCCAGGCGGAUAGAUAUAUAUUACAUGAUGGACUGGAUGAUCCGGGGGAAGCGGGUUUGCGAGGAGAACUCACACGAGGCAGAAGCGUGGAUAAAGCUUGACGGACACGCCCAUUGGCGAAGGCCGGCAGCCAGCUUCUGGAGACAGCGGAGACUCAGACUGUCAUAUCAAAGAGAGCGCUUCGGUAACGCGGGCUCAUGGGCUGUUCCGAUAUUCGCAGUCUCCUUUGUCCUGGGGAAGCACCUACACAUGACCAUAAACGGCUGGGAUCCCCGGCCGGGGCUUGUGCGGGGCCACCGAGGCACCGACAAGACGGAUCGUGGCCCCGAGACCGCCUUCCCCAGCCAAUCGCAUGUUUUAUACUGGAGGAUGGCUUGCGAUCGUUCAUCGUUCAGUGCCGCCUUAGUCCCUGUACCGCUGAUCUACGUUGUAGGGACACUGUUCGUGGCGCUCACCUUUCCGUCAGUCCUUCCCAUUCGGGAGAUCGUCCCACUGGUAGACACCAACAGUGUAGGGGAACCCAUGUCUGUUGAUCUCUUAUGGGCCCAGCCUGAUGGUCCUCAAUUUCCCUCCCCACGCUUCUGCUGGGGCACUUAUUCAAUGGGCUUCAAACUUGGCUGGAACUCGGCUCAAAACCAUGUGUACUUCGUCCUCACCGACUUCCCCACUUUCUCGGCUUCUGAUCAUUAG